AGUGACCGCGCAAGGUCGACCUCGAGGCAGAGGCACGCGAUUAUGGUGCACCAUUAUCAUCGUCGCCGCGGCCUCCAGGCGACCCACCACUAUGCCAUUGGGAGUCGCGUAGGCACUUCGCUCUUCCAGGUUCUUCUGUUGCUCCUCAGCCUCUGGCUGCCCGUGCUCGAUAACAGUGGCUUUGCUUUGGCGUGCGGACCCGGCAGAGGCGCCGGCCGACGGCCGAACCUGAGGAAGCUUACCCCUCUGGUCUUCAAACAGCAUGUGCCAAAUGUCAGCGAGAACACCCUACCGGCGAGCGGACUCAGUGAGGGACGGAUUACUAGAUACGACCCCAGGUUCCGAGACCUGGUACCCAAUUAUAACACGGACAUCAUCUUUAAAGACGAGGAAGGCUCCGGCGCCGAUCGUCUCAUGACACAGAGGUGCAAGGAGAAACUUAACACUUUGGCGAUCUCGGUGAUGAACCAGUGGCCCGGAGUGAAACUGCGAGUUGUCGAAGGUUGGGACGAGGAAGGCAUGCAUGCGACAGAUUCCCUGCACUACGAGGGACGUGCCGUCGACGUGACGACGAGCGAUCGCGAUCGCUCCAAGUACGGGAUGCUGGCGAGACUCGCUGUUGAGGCUGGUUUCGACUGGGUCUACUACGAGUCCAGGUCGCACAUACAUUGCUCCGUCAAGUCUGAAUCAUCUUCAGCGGGCAAAUCUGGUGGUUGCUUUCCCGGGAGGAGUCUGGUCCGAACGGAGGACGGUAGUACGAAGAGGUUGGACGAUGUGCGCCUCGGCGACCGUAUCGCCGCUGUGGACUCCCGUGGCGACGUGGUGUACAGCGAGGUGAUCGCUUUUUUGGAUCGUUCCCCGUCCGAGAGGAGACAGUUCAUCCGAUUGACGACCAAGUCUGGCCGAGUGCUCACGUUAACACCAGCGCAUUUGGUGCCGGUGGAGGGUGGUUCGGUAUUUGCCGCCAACGUGCAGCCCGGCGACAAGAUCCUCGUGAGCGACGCCGAUGCAGCGAGCGCGACGAACGAGGUGGAUAGUCGUUUACGAUGGGAUAGUGUCAACGAGACGAAACUGGUCAUCGAGGAAGGAGUUUACGCUCCGCUUACGAUGGAGGGUAAUCUCCUCGUGGACGACGUCGUCGCGUCCUGCUACGCCAUUGUCAACAGUCAGUCGCUAGCACAUUAUUCCUUCCUACCGCUAAGGAUCUGGCACAGCGUGACAUCCUUUUUCCUGCAAAGGUUGGACGACGCAAAACGCUUUGCGACCAGACAUAACGAUGUAUCUAGAACAGAGUUGACGACGAGAGGAGAACAAGAGGGUAUCCAUUGGUACGCAUCGAUGCUUUAUUCACUGUCUUUGUACGUGUUGCCAUCGAAAAUGACCUACAACUGAGAUUCGAUGGAAGCAAAAGAAUUCGUGCAAAAUGUAGAGUGAAUCCUCGAGGAUAAACUUAAGUGUUCAACGCGAAUGUCACGUUCUAAAGACUUUGGAGUUAUAAAACUUAGAUGUUGAUUAAUCAUCGGGACGUCGCCUUGUCUCUCGAAACUUUUUUUUAUGAAUCGUCGUUGUGGAUUCCGGUUAUACAAGUGUCGUUGAAGAUAAUUAAUGUAUGAUGUAUAUUAAUGUACGUGGGAAUGGAGUCACCGUUCCGAGAGAAAUGCAUAUAUUUAAUACGUAGAACAAAAGACGUCGUCGUAGGCGAAAGACAUAAAGUUGGCCAGUGACCUACUAGUGUUCACCGAAUGACGUGUAGCAUAUAUUAGAUCUUUAGGACAAUAGAAAAAUAGAUGAAAAACAGAGCUUUAGGGAGAAUCGGGACUUUUCUCUUCCACGUUUUAAAUGUAUGUAUGCAAAAUAUACUGACAUACAAAUAUUUCUUUUCUAUAUUUUUUAAUAUUCGCGAUUCGUGUGCAUCUCGUCCGAUAUACUUGUUUCUGAGAUAUCAAAGGAAAUUACCUUUGUGUCAUGGAAAAAGUGUGUAAGAUAAUUGCCGACUGUUCUAUUGUAAUGUUAUUCCAAAUAAUCUUCUGGAUGUACAUGCGAACAACGAGAAAGCGUCUGUAUUUAAAUAUUCUAAAAAGAUUAAUUUGUAUAUACCCCGCUUUUUUAUGUUUCCCUCUUGUUGUGCGCAACGAGAAGGGUAUGUGACCUGCUUCUUUUAACAUUGCUUGUAUCUUAUAAUUUAAUGUAUCCAAAACUGUAAUUAUGCGUCCGUUCAGCCGAGGUGCACUUUUUUUCUUUUGAAACAAAAUUAGUACAGAUUUGGACUUUCGAAAGUGCAAAUGAAAGAAAGUGCAAAGAAAAUGCGACUAAAAAAAAAUAGAUACUGUCACCCUGUUGUGACAGUAACUAUCGAGUACCGCUGUAUAAUAAUAUUAAGUCGCGUUGCUCUC